AUGGAAAAUCCUCAAGUCAUUACUGAAUUUAAGUUCCCUAAAAUACAUACGUUCCCUCCUUUAUAUACCAAGCAACCAAAUCAAACAAUACAACAACAACAAUUAGAAUCAUGGAAUAAUAUAAUUCUACAAUAUUGUGAAUACUAUAAAAUAACUUCAUUAACAUUAGAUGGAGUGCCGAAAAAUUCUCAAAUUUCAUCAAUAGAUAUUUCAAACCUACCGUUACUAUUCAACAAUAAAUCAAUAAAUAGACAAGUCAAUUCAGAAUUUAAGAAUUUAAUAAUUAAUAAUUUAAUACAUUCCAAAAAGGCAGAAUAUAUAAAUCAUAAGAAACCAGAUUUGGGAAUUUUCAUAUAUUGGAGAAGUCUUACAGAAUGGGGUAAUAUAAUUUAUGAAUAUAUAAGUAAUACUGGUCAAAAGGGGACAGUUCUAACAUUAUAUGAAUUAACUAAAAAUGAUGAUGAUGAAUUACAAAAUGGUGGAUUACCUCAAGAUUUAAAAAAUUUGGAUGAAUCUUUAUUGAUUAAAGUUAUAAAAGAAUAUUUGAUUAAACAAGGUAAAGCUCAAUUAUUAAUGAAUGAAAAUAAUGAAAUUGGUGGAGUCAAGAUCGUAUGA